AUCACUACAGUAGUGAUGAUGACAGUAUGGUGUAUCACUACAGGUGUGAGAGUGUCAGCAGCUACAGUGUCAGCAGCAACAGUGACGUCACUACCCAGCACACCGAUGGUGGCGCUGGACCUGACUGAUGUGACUGAUGAUAUAGUGAGUCGUGCCUGUGACCUGGCCCAGGAGCUACAACCACCAGGAGGGUACUGGAAGAUCGAGUGUGGUAGCAAAGUAACAGUGGCGGGCAUCCAAGACAUGAUCCAUCACCUGCAUCACCGCAGUGUUAAGAUGGAGGUUGUGCCAGUAGAGACCAGCGUCAGCAUCACACGACAACAGCGGCGCCAGCUGCUCACCCUGGCUAAGUCAACACUCAACUGUCGCUUAAUAAUGUGAGUGUCUGUGUUACUUGUGUUAUUAUCAUCUUAAUGGUAGCAGCUAUAUUCAUGGUAGCUACCAUCAUCGCAGCUUCCUUCAUGGUAGCCGCAAUAUUCAU